AUGAGCCGGCCUGGAGCUGGAUUCCUGGCCAAAAAAAGCACUCAGCCCUCCUCUGAAAAGAUCCCUACUCUGGGCAAGGCACAGGUGGAACCCUAUGCCUGGCACUUUAAAAGGAAGCUGGCAGCACUAUCUCCAAAUGGGGAACCCCCUAAGAAAGCCACGGGAACAGACCAGGUGGUGGGACUCGGCCUCGUCGCUGUUAGCCUGAUCAUCUUCACCUACUACACCAUCUGGGUGAUUCUCUUGCCAUUCAUCGACAGCCAGCAUGUCAUCCACAAGUAUUUCCUGCCCCGAGCCUAUGCUGUUGGCAUUCCAUUGGCGGUAGGACUCCUGUUGCUUCUGUUUGUGGGAUUGUUCAUUACCUGUGUGAUGCUGAAGAACCAGAAGGUGACGAAAAAGGUUCAGUGA